AUGGUUCGGCCUCUCGGAACCACGUCCUUCUCCUUCGACGCCCGAGGACCUGCGACCGCAGCUCCGGUCGCCUACGACUAUGACAGACUCAACAACAUCGCUUUUCUUGCGACGUUCAUGCUCUAUGUCGCUUUCGCCGCGCUCGUCUUCCUCACCUUGGCAAUCUGCAGCUGCUGCUGCUGCCGACGCUCCCACGUUGAGCCCCCGACCGUCGCCAACUCCACGCCCGCGUCCCAGCAUCAGCCCGUCGACGAGAUCGCGAUCACCAUCCACGCUAAAGACUGUACCGACAAUGACGGCGGCGGAAACAACUCGGAGAGCUGCGCGAUAUGCCUGGAGGAUUUCGCGGCCGGAGAGGAGCUGCGCGUGCUGCCGCGGUGCAAGCACGCGUUCCACAAGGACUGCGUCGACCCGUGGCUGCUCGCCCGAUCGAAGAGCACCUGCCCGCUGUGUCGGGACCCCGUCGUCGUCGCCUGA